CUCUCGGCAGCAGAUGAUAGAGAGGUUCCUUGAACAGGAGAAAGCUCUUUCACAGGUCCUCCUUGCAGACAAGAAGGCAAGACACCUGGUGCCAAGCUGGCAAGACAUGGUGGUGCUAGAGUCCUUAAACACAGCACUGGGUCCACUGUUCGAGUUUAUUGAUGCUUUGUCAGGGGAGAAGUAUGUCAGCGUGUCUUUUCUGAAGCCGGUACUGCACCUCUUUAACAACGAAAUCCUCAGCCAGCAGGAUGGGGAUACAGAGCUCACAAAAGCAAUAAAAGUGGGCAUUCUCAAGUAUCUUAAUUAAAAGUAUGAUGACCAUACCACCAACAACCUUCUGGACAUGGCGACACUUGUUGACCCACGGUUUAAGACAGCCUACAUGAAGGAAGAGAGGGUGGAGUUCAUAAAAAUGAGAGCUGCAACAGAGCUGGUGAACAUGGCGGCACCUGAAAGUGCACAAACAGAAGCAGCCUCCAUUUCAUCCCCAGCUGCUGAAGAUAAUCCAGAGCUUCCCUGUCCCCAUCCCGCAAAGAAAACAAAGAAGAGUUUGGGUAGCUACUUCAAAAAGGCAGGUCAAGGUACCACCCACUCCCAGCCAAGCAGAGCAUCCAUUGAACUGGAGCUCUCCAUGUAUCUUCAGGCACCUGGGCCUGACUCGGAGACCGACCCUCUGGAAUGGUGGAGGCAGCAUGAGUUGAGUUUCCCAUCAGUGGCCAGGCUCGCCAAGAAGUACUUAUGCAUUCCUGCUACUAGUUCUUCAUCUGAAAGGGCCUUCAGUACGAGUGGGAACAUCAUCACAUGUAAGAGGUCAUGUCUUAAGCCAAACACAGUUGACCAACUUGUCUUCCUCGCACUCAACCUAUAAAUUUGACAGAGACAUUUUUUCUACUUUUACAAAGUAGCCUUUUAUGUUUGCACUUUUAUUCAUGGCUAAUGCCUUAAACAGUGUUAUGUUCAACUCUGAUAUUUACU